AUGUGCGACUUUCUCCCUAUUCCCGUCGUCUGCUUUCAAUGUGGAACUGAUCAGAAUCCCUGCCACUGCAAAGUCAUCGGCCCCACCCUUGGGUUCAUCGUCACUGUAGGCAUGGCGAUCGUUUGUUGGCCAGCGUCACUCUUCUGUUGCUGCUGUGCGACAGAUGCAGGCAAGACGGUCCUUGCCUUGCCGGUAGACACAGGCAAUGCUAUCAGUAACGCCAUACCGAUAUGA